GCGUGCUAUGACCUCAAGGGUUGCGCAGACGACAAGCUCAUCGAGAAAGAAGGUGAGCGCAUCAAAGCCGUGCACAAGCGGAUAUGGAAGGUCGGCAUGUGGUGUGGCCAGGUGAAUUGGACGGAUGAGCGUAAGCGCUACUAUGCCGGGAAAGUGGAAGCUCGAAGAAUUCAGGUGGAGCUUCCACCGCAGCAGCGAUCUUCCUUCAUCAGCUUGCUGAAGCGGGAUACAGACUUUCUUGCAGGGCACAACCUGAUGGACUAUAGUUUGCUGAUCGCGACCAAGGAGAUACCCUUUGGAGCGGAGUCUCCCGGCCCGUCAGCACUGAAGCCGUACAGGUGUGCCGGCCCGAAUGGCAAGGACAUCUUGGUCUACCUGUCUUUGAUCGACUUUCUGCAAGUCUGGACCACUGGCAAGCGCGUGGCGAGGUGCAUCAAGGUCUGCGAGUGCAACAAGGCAACGAUUCCGCCAAAGGCGUACGCAAAUCGCAUGCUGACGCACUUCACCCACCAAGUCGUCGAGGACGGCUCAGCCGCAGAUCCUGAGGAUAUCGACUUUGCGGUGGACAGCUUAGUCCCAGAGAAGCUCACACGCCCGCCGCUGCCGAC